CCUUUCUAAAAUAGUCGGCGACAGUUUACUAGAAGGAAAUCGUCUUUGUUGCUAUGGAAAAAGAUAAGCCUCGUGGUAUCCUUGAACGUCUAGAUGCUGGUGAAGUAGUGAUUGGUGAUGGAGGUUUUGUGUUUGCUUUGGAGAAAAGAGGUUACGUCAAAGCUGGUGUAUAUACUCCUGAAGUUGUGGUCGAAUUUCCCGAGGCUGUCCGACAGCUUCACAUCGAGUUUCUUCGCGCCGGUGCUGACGUCAUGCAGGCAUAUAAUUUCUACGCUUCAGAAGACAAGUUGAUAAACCGAGGAAACCAAGCYAUUCGAAUCGGGUURAAAGAGAUCAAUGAAUCAGCCUGCAAACUGGCACGUGAGGUUGCCAACCAAGGUGAUGUACUUGUUGCUGGUGGGCUUGCCGAAACCCCAUCUUACAUGGACGGUCGAGGAAAGGAAAUUGUCCAACGGCAAUUCCAGAAACAAGUUGACAUUCUCUUAGAAAAUGGAGUAGAUUUCCUUAUAGGAGAGACGUUUGAUCAUGUAGAAGAAGCAGUUUGGGCUACGGAGGUGUGCAAGAAUUCUGGUCUUCCAGUAGCAAUGUGUGUUGCAAUAUGUGAAAAAGGCGAUUUAGAUGAUGUACCUCCAGGUGAAUGUGCAGUAAGAUUGGCUGAAGCAGGAGCUGAUAUAGUUGGUGURAAUUGCGACUUUGGUCCCAAUCGUGCAUUAAGUACCAUACGUCUGAUGAAAGAKGGCUUGCAAAAGGCAGGGAUCAAAAAGCACCUUAUGGUUCAGCCCCUAGGAUAUUUGACACCAGACGUAGAUGCCAUUGGAUUCACAAGCGCUCCAGAGUUUCCGCACGCAUUAGAACCUCGUACAUUGACUCGUUUUGAUGUCCAUAAAUACGCAAGAGAAGCCUACAACCUUGGUGUACGGUACAUUGGAGGCUGUUGUGGCUUUGAAGCCUACCACAUCCGGGCAAUUGCUCAAGAGCUSAGUAAAGAGCGUGGUAAACUACCUCCCUCAAGUGCUAAGGACGAAAUGUGGGGAGCAAAUCUCCGUCAACAUACCAAACCCUGGGUCAGAGCUCGUGCAAGCCGAUCGUACUGGGAGAACUUACAUCCAGCCAGCGGACGACCAUACAGUCCUGCAUUAUCUAAACCAGCUAGUGGAUGGUCGUUUACCACUGGCCAAGAAGACAUGAAGCAAUAUGACGAAAUGACAAGAGCSGAAGAACUUGAGAAAAACAUGAAAAAAGCAAUAUCGAAUGCCUGAUUACACGUUAUUACACGUCCUUUUGAAUCCGCUGUAUAGGUCAAAAAUAUUAUAAUAGUUUAUAAUAUAGAUGUAAUUAUAGUAAAGAAGCUGUGAGURGUUCAUUGAUUUAUUUCGCUCGCGAGCAUGACUAACUUUCUAUAUCAUGAAAAUAAUAAAGGAUGGAUUGCUGUGCGUUUAUCGGUGAAAUAAAGCACUUGGGGAUGUCUGAA